UUACCAUAACCACAGUAUUUAUUCUUUUAUCAUAUUAUGUAAAGUUGAUUUUAAAGUACGACAUUGUAAUUAAAAAAUGUUAGUUAAUAAUGUCUUACGCUGUCAGUUUCUUCAAGAUAUUGCCCCCGAAACAAACUAUAUCUAAAGUCAAUCUACGAGUGUCUGCAAAAAUACUUGUUUUCGAAAAUGGCAUAACUGCUCACUAUGGGAACAAAAAAAAAAUAGUUCCGCCUGGCUACUCCUUGCCGAGAGAGUUCAUUGUGGAGGGGGUGUAAUAAAAGAAACAAGUGGAUUGCCCUUAAAAGUGGCAUAAGGUAUUAAGGCUUCAAACCCGAUACGAAAUAGACUUUAUUAACAAGCAUCAGUCAUAUUUAUCCAAUGUGUUUGACUUCCGUUAAGGAGUCUGGAAUGCUAAGAGAUGAACGGCUGUUGAACCAUUCUUCGUUCACAGUAUUCACAAAAGGCCCUCGUGAGAUAUAAGACUGACGACGCGGUGCCUUAGUUUAAAUCUCCUGUCACAUCGUGUGAAGAGUGUGUAAAAUGUCUUUAUUAUCAAACGUCGCGAUAACAUAACUCCGUAUAAUAUUAUGUAGACAGUUUCCUUCAGUAUUCAAGAUAGGAACACCAAGAUGUUCGAUCAGUUAUUCGAACACUUCAGUACCCUGAGCUAUUUGGUAGUCGUGCUAUUUUUUAUAUUGCUGGGAUACCGUCCACCUUGGUGGAGCCGCAAGUCUUUGGAUUGCAGGAAGCGCGAUGUGCAAGAUAUACCGGGCCCUCUGUCUCUCCCGGUCCUGGGCACGCGAUGGAUCUUUUCUUUCGGCAGCUACAGCUUUGAGAAGAUCCACGAGUUCUACGAGGAUAUGCAACGGAAGUACGGUACCAUUAUGAAAGAAGAAGCGUUGUUUAAUGUGCCAGUGAUAAGCGUUUUCGAAAAACAGGACAUUGAAAAAGUGCUCAAAAGUACCAGCAAGUUCCCUAUUCGUCCGCCUACCGAAGCAAUUGCAUGGUACCGAAGAAGUAAACCCGAAAGGUACGCUAGUACCGGACUUGUUAACGAACAAGGAGAAAAAUGGCACUUCUUACGUACCAACUUGACUACAGACUUAACAAGUCCUAGAACUAUAUCAAGUUUCUUACCUCAAGUACAAGACAUCGCAGAAGACUGGUGUUGUUUAUUAAAAGAAUUACGAAAUUCAAACGAUGAAAUUUCAAAUUUAGAACAGCUAGUGGAGCAAGUGGGCCUAGAGACAUCGUGCGCAUUAGUUUUAGGAAGAAGAAUGGGUUUCCUACUUCAAAAAGAUAUAUCUGAAACUGCCAGACAAUUAGCAGAAGCAGUACACCAACAUUUCAUUUCUACAAGAGAUACUUACUUCGGUCUGCCAAUUUGGAAGAUUUUCAAUACACCUGCGUAUAGUAAACUAGCAGAAAGUGAGGAUAUAAUUUAUACGUUAGCUUUAGAGUUAAUCUGUACAGCAGAUGAAGCUACGAAGGAAAGUGCAGUAUUUCAGUCAGUGUUGAGGGCAGAUAUUGAUGAAAGGGAAAAGACUGCCGCCAUUGUCGAUUUCAUUGCAGCAGGUAUUCAUACAUUGAAGAAUAGUUUAGUAUUCCUUUUGUACUUAAUAGCUAAACAUCCAGAAACUCAAGAGAAAAUAUUAGGAGAUUCCAGCAAAACAUAUUUAAAAGCGUGUGUUACAGAAAUGUUUAGAGUAUUACCAACUGCAAAUUGUUUAGCAAGGGUUACCGAGGAGGAUUUAGAACUUUCUGGCUAUCGAAUAAAUGCAGGUAGUGUUUUGUUAUGUCAUACUGGUAUAGCUUGCAAAGAUGAAAGGAACUUUAAAAAUGCCACAGAAUUCUAUCCGGACAGGUGGUUAAAUGAACAGAGAUCUCAAACCUCAAGUAAUGCCACAUUCUUAGUUACGCCGUUUGGUGUAGGAAAAAGGAUAUGUCCAGGAAAGAGAUUUAUCGAACAAGUACUGCCACUAAUACUUGAGCACACGAUAAGAAGAUUUGAACUAAGGACUGUAAAACCCAUGGAAUUACAGUUUGAAUUUUUAGUGUCACCUAAGGGUCCCACUUCUAUGAUUUUUAAGGAUAGAUUUUAAUUAUCUUUUAAUUCUUUCAGUUAUUGGGAAUGGCUAAAAGAAUUGUUUCAAGUACAAAGUAAGAUACAUAGGUUUGUAUGGUGUUUUCGGCUGUGUCUGAUCAGGAUUCAAUUUUGUAUACAUUUUAGAGUGUUAGUUAAGACUCAAAAGGUCUUAUUUCUUUUACUAUAUUAUAUGUUUCACAUAGUUUAAUAAAUGUUUUAAUUAUU